AGAGCGCGGAGCGCGGGGCUGCAGUCGAGGCGCGGGCGCGGAGCCGGUGGCGGAGCCGCGGGACGGUGCGGGGGCCCUGCCGCCCUCGGGGCGAACCGGGCAUGAAGCGACAGCUGCCGGCUGCGGACGCCGGGCUGCGCACUGAGCUGCUCCGCCCGCCGCACUAAGGCGGCGACGAGCCCCGAGGCGAACCGAGGCGGCGCGGCGGGCCGAGUGCGAGGAGAGCUCCGUGGCUCUGUGCGCGCGCGACUGAAGCAGCAGCGGCGGCGGCUUCUGCCAGCUGCCUCCCCUGGGCUGGCUAGGGGCUGCGCGGGGAGGGGGCCGCGGCGCCGCCCCCGCUUCGUCCCCUCCCCUACCCCGGCCGGAGCUCACCCGCGGCGGCGGGCGGGCGGCGUGAGCGCGGCGCUCUGAGGGACCGGCGGAGCCCCGAGGGACCGGCGGAGCACGGCUUUUCCCGAGCAGCCUCCCCUGGGAGCCGCGCCGGCGGAUCGGACUCGGCUGGGACCUGCCAUGACUCCCCUGGCUCCUCCCAUGGCAUGAGCCCGAGCUCUCCUCCCCGCUCCGCCUGCUUUUGGUCUCUCUCCGCUCCCGGGCUGUCAGAUGGGRUAGGACACACCCGGGCUCGCCUGGAGUCGAAGAUGAGCUGGCGGUGGGCUCGCCAGCACUGGAACGGCGGCUCCUCCGUGCUGCUGCUGCUGCCGCUGCUGCUGUGGCACGGCCGGGUCCGKCCGGCCGGCGCUGACAACGCCAGCCAGGCGUACUACACCGCGCUCAUCAACGUGACGGUGCUGAGCCCCGAGCGCGGCGGCCCCACGCUGCUGCGGAUCGACCGCGGCCGCUACGGRCAGGACUCCCCCAAGGUGGAGGUCAAGGGGCUGCUGGUGGCUCCCGUCCCCAUCAACGGAGUUGCAGAUCGUCUGGGCUGUGACCCUCGAACACGUUUCCAGGUCCCACCAAACACCAAGCAGUGGAUUGCUUUACUACAGAGAGGAAACUGUACAUUUAAAGAGAAAAUACUGCGAGCAGCUUCACAUAAUGCCACAGCUGUGGUCAUUUACAACAAUAUAUCCAGUGAUGAACCUGUCACAAUGACUCAUCAAGGAACUGGAGACAUUGUUGCUGUCAUGAUUACAGAAUCAAAGGUUAAGGAGAUCCUGAAUUACUUGGAAAAGAAUAUCUCUGUCCUGAUGGCCAUAGCAGUGGGGUCCCGUGUUCCCCCGAAGAACUUCAGUCGGGGCUCUCUAGUCUUUGUGUCAAUAUCAUUCAUUGUUUUGAUGAUCAUUUCUUCAGCGUGGUUAAUAUUUUACUUCAUCCAGAAGAUMAGGUACACAAGUGCACGUGACAGGAAUCAGCGUCGUCUUGGAGAUGCUGCCAAGAAAGCCAUUGGUAAAUUGACAACCAGGACAGUAAAGAAGGGUGAUAAGGAGACAGACCCAGACUUUGAUCAUUGUGCUGUCUGCAUUGAGAGUUACAAGCAGAACGAUGUUGUUCGCAUUUUGCCAUGCAAGCACGUGUUCCACAAAGUCUGUGUGGAUCCAUGGCUCAGUGAGCACUGUACGUGUCCAAUGUGUAAACUGAACAUUUUGAAGGCACUGGGAAUUGUGCCCAACGUGCCGUGCACAGAUAAUGUAGCCUUUGACAUGGAGAGGCUGACGCGGGGACAGCCGGUGAGCAGGCGCUCGGCGCUCGGCGACUUCGGCACCGACAGCUCCCUGAGCCUGGAGCCCCUGCGCACCUCGGGCAUGUCCCAGCUGCCACAGGACGGGGAGCUGACACCAAGGGCAGGAGAGAUCAACAUUGCAGUCACAAGCAGCCACUUCUUCCAUCGUAACUCUCUGUCCCCUCGAAGUUUGGUCUACGAGAGCGAGUUCUCAACCAUCGAGCCUGCCUUGGACAUGUACGACGAGAACAAAACCUGAAAGGAAUCCAUGCUCCUUCCUGGCCCUUUUUCCGUUUUUUUCAUUUCUCAUUCCUAUUGUUGUGUACUCUUUCCAUGGAUCUCCUUUGUCUGAAGAAGAGCUGCUUUUUCCAGAACACGAGCCCGCCUUCUCGAUUGCACAGAAGAAGACCAGCUGUGGUGGAUUCUGAGGGUGGCAUCUUUGAGCUGACAAAGGGUUGUGCACAAGCAAGGUUGUCUGAUGGAAAUUGCUGAGUAACAGCAUGGGAGCUGUGUCGGCCCAGCCGCGGCGAUGCAGGAGAGGUUUUAUGGUGGCCCUAAGAGUUUGUGCUGAACUGCAAAUGCAUCUCUUACACAGGCGGCCGCUGUUUCCAAUUUUUCAAUUGUCCAGAUGGUUGGGCAAUGUCAGAAAGGGAACUGGUUGUAGAGGAGAUGGCCAGUGACUGGUAAAAGCACUCGUAUAUCUCGGUCAAUCCAUAACCUUACUGUGAAAUAGCCCCUUCUGAGAGGGACCUUUAUAAGUGCAUUGAUUUUCCUACAACCCACUUAACCCCGGACAGUAGCGAGCCAGUCUGACRUUCAAGCUGCAGAGAGGACCUGCAUUUGCAGAAAGAUUUCAAGGAACUUGAUGCUUGGGUUUUUUCUCCAAUCCAAUUGAAGCAGGAGAAGAAUGUUAUACACAGAAUAUACUCUUGGUCCUUCUGUGUGCUGAAGUCAAGUGAGUCUCUUUCCAUAGAGAGGACGUUCACAGAACCAGCACUUGAUCUACCUGAAAACCAUUAGACUUUUUGAAAUAUGCAGGAAUCGAAUUAGCUU